GAUCAAGUUCGUGGUCAACAUUUGAAUAAUAAGUGGUUGGAUAUAUGUCCUGUAGAUGUUAAGGACAAUAAUGAUGUGGUAGAAAAGUUGGUAAAAAUAAAUGGAAAAUCUGCAAAAAUGUCGAUUAGGCUUAAUAAUGUCGUUGGAUGUGUUUCUUGUGCUGAUGUUGUUGUGUAUAACUCCAGAAAAGCAUCAUUUGUAGUAAAUGAGGAUUGUGUGAUAGAAAAUAGUGAAGAUGAGAAAAGCAAUUUUAUAGAUAUUAGAUGCAUUAAAAGUGAAUCAAUGGAGAAUGAUGAUGUCGAUUGUGAUGAGAAAGAAAAAAGUGAAAUCAUUAACAUAAUAGACUCUGAUAAAUCGAAUCAUAUAAAUAAAAUGAAAGUUGAAAACUUCCCUAAUGAGUUCCUAGAAGUUGGUGAAGUAAUGCCUGAAUUGAAAUCUGCUAAAAGUGUGAGCGAUGAUGCAGAAAAUGAUAAUAAAGGUUGUGAAGCUGCAGAUGGUAGAAUGAAUGAUUCUAGAAAUUGCUCUAAAAAUAAAAUAGAGAAAAAAAAAGAUAAGUCGACAGCAUUUAAUAAUCAUCAAAAAUCUUUUAAAAAUAAGCAUGAAGCAUCUGAAUAG